AUGAAAUCUCUACUGACUAUCCGAGAAAUUAUUCCCACAUUACAUGAUCAAAUAUUACCGUAUAUUAAAUUACUGUCAAUGCUUAUGUCUGAAUCAAGAGUUUUGCGACCAAGGUCUAAUCUAUUGACGGGUAUGGCCGGUUACAUUCGAAACGAUAUUUAUUUUGAUAUAAUGCGAGCAUUGCAGGGAAUCGGACCAGCCACAGUUUUACCGAAUGGCAUUGCUCUCCUGGCCCGAACAUAUUCCGCGGGUCGACGAAAAUCACUUGUUUUUUCACUGUUCGGGGCAACAGCUCCGGCUGGUUUUUUCAUAGGUGCUUUAUUUUCAAGUAUAUUCGCACAAUUUUCUUGGUGGCCAUGGAGUCAGUGGACAGUAGCUAUCGUUUGCAUCACUCUUGCCAUAAUGGCUUAUUUUGUCAUUCCUGCCGAAGUGUCAUUUGCCGUUCAUCCGAUGGGUAAAAUAGAUAUUCCCGGUGCCGUGACAAGCGUUGCCGGUCUCGUUCUUAUCAUUUAUAGCUGGAACCAAGGACCGGUUGUUGGUUGGGAUAAACCGUAUGUCUUCGUUCUACUAAUCGUUGGUUUUCUCAUCAUAGGCGCAUUUAUUUUUAUUGAAAUGAAAGUCGAUGAGCCCAUUAUGCCGCCAUCUAUUUGGUCUGUAUCCGGUUUUCCUGGUGUCAUACUAUGCAUUGGCCUUGGUUGGUCAAGUUUCGGUAUUUGGAUUUUUUAUUUGAUUCAAGUUAUCGAAGUUCUUCGGAAUACGUCUCCCUUGUUAGUUGCGGCCAUGUUUUUCCCGAUCAUCCCCGCUGGUCUCACAGCCACACUUCUCGUUUCUCAAUUGUAUCACCGAGUCGCGGGGCACUAUUUACUCAUGGCUUCGAUGGUUUUCUUCUGUGUCGGCAAUAUUCUUGUAGCCACAGCGCCUGUCGAUCAAACCUAUGGAACGUUCAGAAAUCAAAUGAUCAACCGCUCACAGGGUGUAGCCGCGAGUAUGAUUAACGCAGUGAUUAAUCUAUCUGUAUCGUUGGGUCUGGGCAUUGCAGGAACGGUGGAGAGCCAAAUAAAUAAAAGUGGACGUGACGUGUUAAGAGGAUAUCGAAGUGCACUAUACGCCGGAAUUGGACUCAGUGGUUUGGGAAUAAUAGUAGCACUUUUAUUUUGCCGAGUACCCGCAGUCGUUCCGGCUGAUGAGAAAAAGGAGUUGAAUGAGACGGCAGUUUCCUCAGUGAUGGCUGGAUCAGAGAUAGCCAUGACUGUUGGUGAGAGUAAUUUACCUAAGGGUGAAGGAUUAGAACAGGAACUACCAAGAAUUGAUCAAUCAGAACAGAAGCCGAUCUCCUAUCACAAUAUAACAAAAGUUUACUUGUAG